AUGACAGCCGGAGUUGACAAAAUUGACCUUUGUCCCAAAACCGAUCUAACGGAUGGCGUAAAGCUCGAGAAAGAGCUUGUGGAAACAGCCGGGUCCAAUAGCAUCACCACGACCAACAAUUUGCUGGUGUCACCCGCCAAGAUCUCGGAGUUGUUGCUGUCAGAAGGACCGUUGGCUAUCCGAUUUAUAACUAAAGCGCUUUGCAAGCAAAUGCCGGGAUUUGCGGAGCUAUCGGCGUCCAAACAGAGAAGACUUAUCAUGGCAGCACUUGAAAUGGGUGACAGGACAAGUUGUGUGGUGUUCACUAAGAUUGGAUGGGGGCAUUGGUCGGCCACUAAAGUCGAGAAUGCAGCCGAUUUUGAUAAGGAACGCGAGGCCACCAACAUUGCCAACAGUAAAAUCAAAGACUUGAUGUCACAAGAACGCCGCAAAAGCAGCUCGGUAUCGCAGACUAGAAAAGUGGAAGCAGCAGGAGCAGCAGGACUCAAACGUGAGCUGGAAUUACGUGGCGGUAGUCGAGCGGCCAUGUUUUUGGACGAAAACGCGCUUGCGUUCGAUGACGAAGAAUACGAUGAUAACGUGGGCGAUUUGGCAGGAAAUCACGACGAAAUUGAUGACGAUAACGACUUUCAUGAUAAUGGCUACGAUUUUUUCAAAAAACGCAAAUCCAGCAUUGUAGUGUAUGCUGAAAACUCACCUCCGGACGAACUAGACCAUGAAGCCGCUGCAUUGCACAGCUCCGCGAGUCUGAGACCCUCUUUAAAGAGUCAUCGUCGCUCAUCCUCAAAAAUACGGUCAGCAUCGGUAAGCAAACGUAGCUCUUUCCGAGGCUCCAAUGCCAGUCUCGAAGCGAUCACGAGACGUCUUUCUUCGCCCGCCAAUGUCAUUGAUAAGCAAAAUACAAAGGUCGCAACGGGCUCUUCAGGGCCAAAAACCGCCAAAGAUGCAGAAACCCGCGGUCGUGAGCCGCGGUUAUCCUUUUCCAAAGAAUCUAGUUUGCGGUCCACUUUACUUUCGCAUGCCAACCACAAGUCAAGUCCCAUACAACGUGCUAUCGAUUCCAGUCAAAAUAAGGAUUUGUCGUACUACAGACUGAACAGUCCAUCUUCAGGAUUAAAUGGGUUGUCCAGCUCGAUUGGCGAAGAUGAUGGUGCUGCCAUCGAAGAAGAUGAGGAUCUCGAUCGUCUCGACGACACGGACGAGGAGGACUGGAAACACAUCGGGGCUGAAUCAUUGAGAAAUAGCAGGGCUACAUCCCAAAUACGUUCACCGCCACAAGUACAGUCCCCGCAUUCACUGGCCACGAACCGGCCCGGGUUGGAACGACAGCCGUCUCAUCUGUCAUUGAGCCCACCCACGCUGCUUGGCGGCUCAGAAUCAAUACCGAAGUCCCAGUCUGCGGCAAAUCUCAAACAGGAGCCUCAGGCCGAGACUCAAGACGCUGCUUUCUUACUGAUGAGCUUGAAGUCAUGA